AUGAGCCGCCGCCGCCGCCCAUGCUCGCCGCCGCCGCCGCCCGCGCCGGUGCCGCCGCUGGAGGACGACAACCUGCUCUCCGAGAUACUCCUCCGCCUCCCGCCAGACCCGUCCUCCCUCCCUCGCGCCUCCCUCGUCUCCAAGCGCUGGCUCGGCCUCGUCUCCGACCCCGGCUUCUCUCGCCGCUUCCGCCUCCACCACCGCCACAACCCUCCUCUCCUUGGUUUCUUCGAGGGCUUCCGUUUCCAUCCUACCAUGGAUCCCCCCAAUCGUGUCCCGGAUGGCUACUUCUCCGUGCGCAUCGACACCGGCGGCAUGUUCAGGAAUCUUGGAUCCCGCCAUGGCCUCCUACUCCACUUCCACGGAACAGGGAACCAGCUCCUGGUGUGGGACCCCUUCAACGUCGCCCAGCACCGCGUAGCCGUUCCCCCAGGGUUCGAUGAGAAGAAGACCUUUAUCGGUGGGGCGGUGUAUCGCGCCGCCGGAGAGAUCCAACACUUCCAAGUGGUCUUGGUAAGCGCAGAGACAGACGAGCUUCAGCAUAGACAGGUCAUCGCCCGCGUUUACUCGUCGGAGACUGGCGCAUGGGGUGAUCGCAUCUCAACACCAUAUCCAUCCAGACUUCCCAGCAAGAAUUGUAUGGGCUUUACUCUGAGUGUGCUAGUUGGGCAUUCCCUUUACUGGUUGUUCGUGGACAUAUCGACUGGCAGAGUGGAUGGCAUAGUUGAGUUUGAUUUGGAGAUGCAGAUCCUAGCUGUGAAACCGGUGCCAGUCGAUAUUGCCAAGGAAAAACAGGGCAAAUUCCAGGUUAUGCGGGCAGAGGGCGGUGGCCUUGGUAUUCUCUUUCUGUUUAAAUUCAGCGCCCAGUUAUGGAAGAUGGAGACCGAUUCUGAUGGUGUUGCAUCAUGGGUGCUGGGAAGAACCGUUGAACUGGACAAGCUACUCCCCCUGGGUCUAGAAGAGGAAGAGAACUCAGAAGAGGAGUGCUCAGAAGUGGAAGAUAACGAUUUCCCAUUCCCAGGUAUACAAGGGUUUGCUGAAUACAAUAAUGUGGUUUUCCUGUGGACACAUAUCCACAACUUCACAGUCCAGCUUGAGUCACUGCAGUUCAAGAAAGUGUCCAAAAUACACAUGUUGGCUCGCUAUUAUCCAUUUGAAAGUGCCUAUGCUGCAGGCACGGGCAUUGGUGGUGGACAUGAUGGAGCUAAACUUUUGCACAAUACCUAA